AUGCGCAUGCGCAGAGCAGUAUAUCCGAAAUAAGUCGAGAUUGGAAUUCUGUUCUUCCACGUCAAAUUUAAUAAGAACUCUUAGAUAUAACUAUUUCUUCAAUGGUAAUUACAAUCAAACGCAUCUGAAACUUUAUGACAUCAGAUUUGUCGAGUGCCGACUUGUCGAAAGCUUCUUUCUGGAAAUCAACGACUGCUAAAGUUCCUGGAAGAAUGGAACCCAUAAAACCAGUUUUCGGUGCUAAACAUCCGCCUUGGGGGGCAAAAAAGCCAGUUAGCAUACCGAGUACUCCUAGCAGAAAAGGAACUAAAAAGAGAAACGAUUCCCGGCACUCAUCAGAUGAUUCUUUUGAAAAUUAUGAACUAAAAACAAACGAUGCUUGGGAUAUGAACGAAGAUGAUUUGAUGCUCAACUUGAAUAUGAAAGAUGUAAAAGAAACGGCAGAUAAAGUCCUUUAUAACCAUUCAAAAGAGUCUAAAUCACAAAUAGCCUCAAAUAGGCAUCAGACCGGUCCAGGUUUAGGAAAACGUUUAGAAUCACCUAAUGUACAACAAGUUACCAGAACAACUCCACGAAAUGAUGAACGGCAAUGGCAGCGAUUAGAUAAAUUCGAAAGGCUAAUAUGUGCAGCUAAUGUCGAUUUAGAAAAAUUGAGAGAAGAAUCUUGGCAAGGUGUACCUCCUGAAUAUAGGUCAAUCGUUUGGAAGAUAUUGUGCGGGUAUUUACCUCCAGCUUUGGAUAGAAGAAAUGCUACUCUAAAAAGAAAACGUCAGGAAUAUUAUACCACUAUAGAACAUUACUAUAAACAACGUCUUCAAUCAGAGCAUCAAGAUACUUUUAGACAAAUCCACAUUGACAUUCCCCGAAUGAGCCCACUCAUACCUAUUUUUCAGCAAAAAGAUGUUCAAGAAGUGUUCGAGAGAAUUUUAUUUAUUUGGGCAAUUCGGAAUCCCGCUAGUGGCUAUGUUCAAGGAAUUAAUGACCUCUUAAUCCCUUAUUUUAUCGUAUUUGCUAGUGACCAUAUAAAAGAGACCGUUGACAUAUCUACGUGCACUAUUUCUGAACAUUUAAAUUCAAAGCAGUUUGAUGAAGUGGAGGCAGAUAGUUAUUGGUGUUUCAAAACUCUCCUAGAUGGAAUUCAAGACAACUAUACGUUUGCCCAACCAGGAAUACAGAAUAAAGUUACCUGCUUAAAGAACUUAAUUAGCAGAGUUGACGAUAAACUGCAUGAACACUUAGAGAAAGAGAAUGUAGAUUUUCUUCAAUUUAGUUUUAGAUGGAUGAAUAAUUUGUUAAUACGAGAAGUGCCGAUUUCCUGUUGCUUACGGAUAUGGGAUACGUAUUUAGCCGAGUCAAACGGCUUCGCCAAUUUUCAUGUUUAUGUUUGUGCCGCUCUCUUACUACGUUUUAGCUCGGAUUUAAAAAGGGAAAAGGAUUUUCAGGGAAUUUUACUCUUCCUCCAAAAUUUACCAACUCGUCAGUGGACAAAUGACCAAAUUAAAGAACUUCUAGCUCGAGCUUAUAGCUUACAGUAUACCUUCAAUGAUGCUCCGAAGCAUUUGAUAGCCAGUGCUCUAAUAAAAGAAAAGACGAUAAUGUCGUGUGGAGAGGACAUUGAAGCUCGUCCAGGAACUUUCUUUUUUUCUCAAAGGUAUGCCAAAUCAUCUGCCGCUGAAAUUACGAAACGGAAGCGAAUUCCCGUUGAAGAGCUACCGGGUGAACUGCGUUUUUCCAAUCUAAAUCCUCGUUUAGCGGCCUAUUUAUCGCACAAAGAGGCGAAUUUAUCUGCUGAAGAUGCUGAGAAAGUGGGCGAUAUAAAUCUCGUCGUUAAUCAAUUGAGGCAUCAGCUAGAUUCGACUUUGACGAACGACGAAGAUUCUCAAAGAUUCUUAAUGAAUGAAGCUAUCAUUCAAGCUCCCUCCAUUCUAGCUCAACUAUCUAAGUUAUUAUCAGCAAUACGAGCUCCCAUAAAGGUUCCAAAGGGUUUAGAAUAUCAGCUAGAAAGUGGAUAUGAUGAAUUAACUGUCGUUGUUCAUUUCGUCAAAAGAGAAUGGCAAUUGACCGAAAAUAGAGAAAAAUGGGCUAAGGAUCAUCCAAAUUUUGCGCCAACUCAGGGUAUUAAGAUUGAUCUUGAAACAGAAACGGAUAACCCGGCCGCUUCGUCUAAGCUUACUCCUAAAUCUACUCCGAGAGAAUACAAGCCUUCAAAACCUCAGACUUUAGCUGACAUUGCGGAGUCAUCUAGUUUGUCGUCUACAAAGAGUCCAAGGACUAAUAAUUCUACUUCAAAACGUCACUUAGGUCCCCCCACUGCCGGCAGAAGAGUUAAACAAAGGUCUGAUUCUGUUAGAAGUGCCACUAGCAAAACAAACAUGUCAAUCGAUCAAUUGUCAAUGAACUACGGCUACCGAAUACCCACCAUGACCUUCUCUUUAGCUAAUAAGCAUGAGUGUGCUGAGAACGGUUGGGUUCUUGAAGUUACUUCAGAGCCAGGUGAAGAGGAGAAAUACAAAGUUCUACGUUGGGCCAUAGAAAAGCUAACAUUAGCCGGCCGAAAUGCCGAAGAGGAAAAGAAAAAGGAAGUUGUAAAAAAAGGACUAUUUGAACCUGGUGUUAGAUAUUUUGAAGAGCCUUCGGCCAAACCAAAAAUAAAUGAAUAUUUAACAGAAAACAUAAGAAAAGCCCUAAAACUUCCGUUUUCUGAAAUAUUACUUUUUUCCUUAAGCCCAAGAAUGCCUGCUGCUCCGUUUUCUAGCUCAAAAUGUAUGUUCUCAACAACUUCUUCAGGGGGAACAAGUAUUUCUUAUUACCCAUCGGGCAGGGUAGCUGUUCUAUGCUCUGAGGCAGAUAUUGGUUAUUAUACUAUUGCAUACGACGAUCAGCCAAUUAACAGAAUGGUGGCUGUUUUCACACCUUGUGGAAACGGGACUAUUUACCAUCAAAAUGGAGUUGCUCAUUUCAAUUGCAGUUCUACGGGAUAUAUACUUUCUAAUCCAAGCGGAACAAUCGUUAAAAGUUGUAAAUGGCCUAGUCAUCGACUUCCCGAUCCUGUAGUAAUAAAUCUGAAUAGACAUUUGACGUUCAAGACUGUUGCAAAGAGUUCUUCCUAUCUUUUAUUCACAGCUGGAAGGAACAGCUUAAGGUUUCCUGUAUCACCUGUAGAUGGCGCUUGUUGUCCUAGGAAGGAUCAAUUGGGAAAAUUACAAAGCCGAAUUCAGUAUACAUCCUUAACAGCUAAGGAAUUAAGUGAAGUAAAGAAUACAAAACGACGUAAGAAGUUGGACGAUUCACUAAACGUUAAAAAACGGACAGAAAUUGAUGAAACUUUAAGAGAACCGCUUCCGGGUGACGAAUACUUCGAUGAAUCGGAGAGGACAUUAAUUAAACUGCAAAGAAAGUGUAGGCUUAUAGUGGAAGAUUGGCUAGAUCAUUACAGAUUAGCUGUAGGUUUGAAAUCGGUGGAGCUACGAAAAGUACAGAGUUGGCAAAGACCUCACACUACAGCUUCUAUGAAAUCAUCGCCUGGAGGCGUUCGAGUAGUAAUCGAAAGUUCUGCUACCGCCUUACCGGAAGUUGACGAGAAGACUUCCAGAGCUACUUCCGCCCCAGCUGACCCGUCAAAGGCUACACCCAGAUCUCCAAUAAAAUUUCGCAAAGAAGCUUCGACAGACUAUCUACCUGGUAGACGUGCAGCAUCCUCAACGCCUAUUCGCGCUAUGCAACGUCCGAAGAGUGAAGUUAGAAUGCUAUCACCAGGUUUCUGGAUGACUUUGCCUGAAGAUGACUGGUGUGUUGUGAUGUUUCAAUCCUUUAAAGCAGGUUUGGACGCGGGGAGAUCACCCUUAAAAUCUCCGGAAUUCUUCGAGGAGAUUACUCUGAUUGUGCCUCAAUUACACCGUUCCCCACCCCAUCAUCCACCACCCAUUCGUACCUCAAAACCCCCCGAUUCUACUCGCUCAGAUGAGAAUGCAGUUUGGAGGAGAUGCCCUACAGUGUUGCGAAAUCGUAUUCUGGACCCAAAUUUGCCGCAACUAUUUCAAUGUCGAUGCAAAAGAAAUCUGGUUCCACGGCUUACAGACUUAGAAUACGACAAAUUUAUAGCAUCGCAUACCCCAUCAGAUCAGCUACUAAUUGUUUAUAUUAUAAAUUCGGAUUAUCCAGAAUCUUCCGGUUCUGCUGAAAAGUUGGAAAAGUAUUAUAUGACACAGCAAAAGGGUAGAACGUCUCCUUGCACUCAAUCUACGAUGGAUGAUUCCCGUAUCUUUUUCUAUGAUGUACGCACAGCAGCUGAUUUGACUGACUACAGCCAACCUCUACUUGUUAGGCGUCACAACGCAUCACCCGGCUUCUUUCUUAUGUACAUUCGAGGCAGUCUGUUUUUUUGUGAUCAUGUUUUAGACGGCUACGGAUUCGAUAGACGGUAUUUGGAGAGACAAGCGGCUCAAGUCCGUAAAAGUGCCAAAGAGAAGGGUCGGUCUCUCCCACACGAUUUCCGCUUCUCUCCCCUCCAAGGCCGACCUGGCGCCAGAGCGGCCUAUGGAGGCCAAAUGGCUGGACCGGGGAUAGAUUAUUCCGGCAAUCCAGGAUUAUCUUCCGAUUACGCUCUAAUGGAAUUAUCGGCCAGCAUUAGGGACAAACCGCUUGAAUCUCAAAUCGGGUAA